AUGGAUGCGGACUAUAUUGUGCAUUUCAUGAGGGGCAGUGGUAAAUGGACAGGUACGAUGCCGUGAAUGGACAUUGCACGGACUUAAAUAUCUCAAAAUUAAAAACUUUUUAAAACCGAAUUAUACUCCUUCCUCAAGUAUACAACAAAAAGACGCCGUUAUUCUCUAUCAAAUGAGCAAAAGAAAACACUUUUUGUCUAUUUUUAUGAUAUAUAUUUGAAUUUAUAAGACCAUCGAAAAUCAGUGCGAAAAAUGCAUGCUACUUAAAUAGCCUUUUUUUUUACCGAGAACGGUCUCUACAGGAGGUUGAAAAAAGGCGCAUUCAAACGUCGACAUCCUGCUGAGUCUGAAAUGCUAUAGGAUUAUGCCACAAACUAAUCAGUAUUACAAAUCCACCUAAGUAAUCCUUCCUAAUCGAAGACGCAUUUCAGAAUUUCAGCCAACAUUUCAUGAGAUCGAUCACGCACUGUAUCUGAGUAAGGUACUUUCAGGAGGUCAUCGAAUUGCUCCUUGGGUGCUUUUGUAAGCCUUGCCGUAUACAUAUCUUUGAUGAUCAUCACCUGCGCAGUCUUUAGUCAAUCCUCAUUUCUUGUCACCUUAGCGACCUAAUCGCUGAUGCUGCAGGACUGUUGACCAGAGCAAUCUUUCCGGUAGUUCACCUUGUCGAGGACAGCAACAGACUGGUCUUGCGAUGCUGGUACCUGUCUUCGAAGCUUUCUAAACCGGAAGGUCAGCAUAUGGCUGCUGGGACAGUGAAUGUGCCUUAAACAUCGCAAUAAUCAGGCUAAGGCCCAGAUAGCAGGAGAGGACCGAAGAUACCAGCAGAAGGGGUUUAUUCAACACAGAGGCCUGGCAAUGCUUUCGGUCUGUCUAGAAGGAUAGUCGACAAGGCAAAGAUUGUUGCUUUUCAACUUCCUCGGAAUUUAAUUGCGAACUUGAAGUAGGUCAGCGUAUACCAAGGUCUAUAGGCGCAAACCGAAAUUUGAUACCCUGCUGCGGCAGGAUAUCGACGAAACACGCGUGUCUGGUCCAUGAAAUCGCAUUUUUUUCUUCGUCUUUCUCGGGGGAUGUUAAGCACGGUAAUAUAUCUGGGCCUCGAAUCUUCACGCAUAUAUAUAUAUGAUGGUAGGGGGCGCUCACCGAUCGUUCUUACGGAACUCACUCGUUCCGUUGUGCCUUACGGACUCUCACUCGAGCUCAACCAGCAGCCGCACAGCAGCGCAUGAUAUAGGCAAAAUGAUAUUACCGACAAUGACAAGGAAGACUGGAAUGGCCAUUUCUGGCUUAUUAGCCGUCGUCAGCCAGUCAUACCCAAGCCCGAAGUGUGGAACACCCGAGGCUCCCGAGGUUUAUUUAACACAGAAGCCUGAUAAUGCUUUCGGUCUGUCAAGAAGGAUAUUCGACAAGGCAAAGAUUAUUGCCUUUCAACUUCCUCAGAAAUUAACUGCAAACUUGUAGUAGGUCAGUAUAUAUCAAGGUAUAUAGGUUCAGCCUCCUCCUCCUCCUCCUCCUCCUCCUCCACCACCACCACCACCACCACUGCACAAACGGCGGCCGCUCAGGCAGCCGUCUCGCACAUCUCCGACCGCGACACAACAACCGGCACCACUUCCGCCUCUCCUGACUCCAGCAAUGAGAAUCAGGACUACACCUGCCAUCACUGCGAUCGCACCUUCACCUCACGUAUCGUCCUGGUCGGUCACUUGCGAAUCCAUCGCACAGAGACCGGCGAACCAGUACCUGAAGCACCAACCUACACCCACCGCACUCGCCUUCACUGCCCACACUGUCCUCGCACCUUCACGCAUCGCAUGGGUCUAUUCGGCCACAUGCGCAUCCACGAGAGCGGAAUCGACCACAAUUCCGACACACCAACCACGCCCAUCACGCCCAGCACCACCCUCGCACCGUCCAUCUGCGCCACCACCAACGCCUCCUCUGUAGCUGAUUCUGACACCGCCGACUUCACGUGCCCACACUGUCCACGCACAUUCACCUCACGCAUCGGCCUGGUCGGUCACUUGCGAAUCCAUCGCACAGAGACUGGCGAACCAGUGCCUGGAGCACCAACCUACACCCACCAAGCUCGUCUCAACUGCCCACACUGUCCUCGCACCUUCACGCAUCGCUUGGGUCUAUUCGGCCACAUGCGCAUCCACGACGACCUGCGGUAG